AUGUCCAACCUACCAUAUGCUGCUGAUGCCGAAAGCCCGUUGAAGCCAGCGGAGCUCCAGGUCUUGCGGACACAGUACGAGAAGGAAGGGGACUACGUUGGAAUUCAGACCAAAUUCAACUAUGCUUGGGGCCUAAUCAAAUCCAACACUCGCUACGACCAACAAGAAGGCGUCCGUCUCCUCUCUGAAAUCUUCCGCGCCGCUCCCGAACGUCGUAGAGAAUGUCUCUACUACCUUGCUCUCGGAAACUUCAAGCUUGGCAACUACGGCGAGGCCCGACGCUACAACGACUUGCUCCUGGACAAGGAACCGGCGAACAUGCAAGCAGCUAGCCUGGGGCAGCUCAUCGAUGACAAGGUGUCGAGGGAGGGCUUGGUUGGAAUUGCGAUUGUGGGUGGUUUGGCCCUUGCUGCUGGUGUGGUUGGGGGUAUGAUUUUCAAGGGGGCUAAGAGACGGUAAACUGUUCCCACCUCUUCAAUCCCUAUAGGAAAGAGGGAAGUGUUGUAUAUACCAGUGGCUUUGUUUGUUCGGGAUUUGGUCCAGCAUAUUCGACCGGCGUUUUUUUUGCUUUCUUUCGCUUUCGCUUCACUGCCGGUUGCCAAUUUGUUUACCUGAUGAGUCAUGACAUGCGUUGUGAAUACACCAAUGCCUAGGGGUUUCUUCUGUAUUCAACUUCUACAUUGAUAGUACAGUGAACGUGAAUCAUUCAU